AUGCAUACGAAAAGAGGCGCAUUCGUGGAAAUAUCCAUUCCACUGUAUGUUAAUACAAGAAGAUACACAGAAUACCAGAUUGUAGUGGUAGCUGAAAACAGCAGUAUCAAAAAUGAUUGCUUCUUUAUCUAUAGAAGAUAUAGGGAGUUUCGUAAACUGCACAGAAUCCUAGAGAAAGAAAUCAUGUAUUUGCCUGAAUUUCCAGCCAAGAAGUUCUGGAACAAGAGCAGCAAAGUAAUGGAAGAGAGACGGAACAAAUUCAAUUUAUACUUGAAAUAUGUUGGAUCAUACAUACUGAGAAACGGAUAUGAAUAUAGCACAAGUGGCCAAGAAUUCUUCAGGUUUAUUCAAUACAAGAUACAAUGA